CCCAGACUCCGUCCACCUUAUUUUAAAGUUUGCAUUAUCCCUUUGGAUCCUUAUUUGUAGCUUAUAAGACCUAGUUGUUGGGAGAUAUUUUCGCUCUCCUGGAUUGAAUUUGUUGAUUCUUUCAUCGAUCUGAGAUAAAUUAGGGUUUCGAAUUGAAAAUUUCCUCAGGCUUAACAUCGGAUUCUCGAAUCAAGUUUCUGAUCUUCUCUCACAAAAUUUAAUCUCUUAUAAAAAGUCAUCUAGGAAACUGAGAUAUAAAAUGGUUUAUUCAGAGAAACAACAAUCUAUGGACAAUCGGGAGGUGAAUGAGGUUGAGCAAUCGCAUAAUGGCGAGGAAUUGGAGGAAUCGUCAUCUUCGACAUCGGCGGUGGUAAGCACAUCAACGUCAGGACUGACGGUGAGGUUGACGGAGAUUCUUGUGGAGGAAGGAGAUGGAGAUCUAUUGCUUCAGCGGAGCGAUCGAGAGAAUAAUGUAAUGCAGUGGCUUCAGGCUCUGGAUAUGCAGGUCAUGGGGGCUUGCCGUGCCGAUGAAAGGUUAAAGCCUUUGUUGAAGAUGAAUGUUGCCUCUGGUGCUGCCGAAGACGGCUUAUUCUCUCAACUUAGUCAGCAUUUUGAACCGGCAGAAGUCGGUAUGCUAGUAAGGUGCUUGUGCAUUCCACUUGUUUCAAUACGCGUUGGGAAGAUCAAGAAGGAGGGAACCCUCUUGUGCCCGACCGCCACAAGGGGAAACUUAAACCUCACAGUUCUGCCCACAUCUGAGUUGCGCAUCUCAUUCAUUGGCGAUGAUGGUAGCACAGAGAGACUGGCAACAUUCUUCUGUCAAUCUGAUUGUGCUGCCGUGGAGAUUAAAGAUAUUAUGGCUGACAAUUCCGGGCGGUCUUUCCUGAUAAACAUUCCUGAUGGUGAGACUUCCUAUUUUUGGUGCUCAGAAAAGUCUAAGCUCCUUGGCAAUGAGCUGAAAAGAAAGAUGAGGGAUUUGCUUAAGAAGAAACCUUCCUUGGCUGAAUUAACUGGAAUCAGUGAAUCCCGGAUAGACUGUUUUGCCAUACGUCUUCGAGCUUAUCUCAUUGGUUCAGCAGUCACAAACGCUCAAGCAAGUUCAAUGCCGGCAACAAAUCCUUCUGGGAAUGGCCGUAUUGGUUCAUGUGAACAUGGUCUUGAUGCUCAGACAUCAGUUACAUUUCAAAAACCUCAGCGCUCUCGGCAUUAUAGUGUUCAAGGACCAAAAUCCAGCCCUCUUAACCUGGGUAGCCUUAGUCCUAGGUCUAGUUCUUUUAAAGAGAGCUUGCUCAGGAACUCAUCAUCACUACGCAUUGCUAAAGACAGGCUAAGGCGCCGUGGAGAUAGCAAUUCAUGUUUGGAUAGACAAACUCCUACACCGGGCAGAGUAGAUGUGCCUAGUUCAGUUCACGUACAAGACGAAAAGCUUCCAGAAGAAGCAAAUCCUACACUUGCUUCGGAGCUACUUGUUGCUGACCUUCCCUUUGUAGGCUCUGCUGCUAUUAUCCCUUCUUUGGAUUCAACGGUCUUCUCUCCUUAUUACUGUUGGUGCCCUCCUGCUGCGUCCACUCAAUACUCAGUUGGAACUCCGCAUCUGCCUAUUUUGUCUAAUGAGUCGUUCUCACUACCACAGCUCUCUUCGAUGGCAGCUGCUCGUUCAUCUAGUAUUUUGACAACAAAGCUGCCACUUACUGUCACCAAUGUCUCAACUUUAGAUUUGCCACCUCUGCUGCCUGACCCAUUGAUCAGGUUGCCACUAUCUUUGCAAGCUUCGCAACAGAUUCCUUCUUUCACACCAUUGAUGUGUGAUCCUAUUGUCCAUAUUCCAGUUAUUGAUGUUUGCUCUUCAGGCCAAGGCUACUUAGUAAGUGCUGGACUUGCUAUAUCUGGAACUCUUCCACCAUUGCACCCAAAUAUUGUGAAUCCUUUAAUCCCACAAAAGGAAUCAGUACUUGAAAAAAAUGCCAGGGAGACACUCCGGUUGCUCAUAAAUGGUUCUAAUCAGCCCAGCACACAGCUAAUUGAUGUACUGCCUUCUGUGCUGUCCAGUAGUGAACAGACCCAAAAUAUGUUGGGUGCCGGAAGCCGGGGCCUUUACUCUGGAUCCAUAGAUGUUGGUACCAUAGCCAAUGGUUUUGCAACAAGGGGUUUGAUGUCACUUUCCGAGAGGCCUCUUGGAAGGGUUAGCAAAUGGCAGUUCAGCACAGGGAACAUAGUUGAUCAGGUUGACAGACGAUUGGGUUCUGGUGAAUUGGAUGAGGGUUUUACAGAUAUUGAAGAGGAAAACUGAAGUGAAAAUUCAAUCGUUUUGUUUCCUUUAAAUGUAUUUCAGGUUUUGCUGCUGAAGCUGUAGAUAUCUUUGCAUGUGGCUUUCUUUUGUCGAAUGUAAUUAGUCUUGAAUUUGUAUGCCUAAUGUUACCUUUCUCGGGUUGUGAUAAGUGGUCUGUUAAUUAGGCUA